UUCAGAUCAGCCAAACCCGACACAACACCGCGGAUAAUCGACGAAUCCAGGAGUCAUUGUGGCUAUCCUUACAUUAUUGCUCAACGUCGUCUUAGUCCUCGCCGCGUCUCGUCUACUGUUCGCCAUCAUGUCCAGGAGAUCCGCCGCCGAUCGGGCACUCGAGGAGAGCGUCGCGCAAUUCUGCGAGUUCACUGCCGCGACCCCGAAGGAGGCGCGGAACUACCUGACCAAAUACAAGAAACUGGAUAGCGCUCUGAACGCGUUCUACACCGACCCGAAUAUGUUCGGCAGGCGCGAUACCGGUCCUUCGACGAGCAAGCUCGGCGUGCUGUUCGAUCAGUACAAAGAGGAGGACGGGGACGAUAUCGGCAUCGAUGGGACGAUCCGAUUCUGCCAGGAUCUUGGAGUGGACCCUGAAGACGUCGUGCUUUUGGCCAUCGCCUACGAGUUGAAGAGCCCGCGGAUGGGCACAUGGGAGAAGAAGGGAUGGAUAGACGGCUGGAAGGCCAUCGGCACAGAUAACAUAGCGGGGAUGAAGACGUCCUUGCUCCGGUUACGAGAUAAGCUUGGAUCGGAUCCAGCCUACUUCGCCAAGGUGUACGGCCAUACCUUCGACUUCGCCCGCGCGGAGGGACAGAGGAGUCUCGCUAUCGAAACCGCGAUCGCGUUCUGGCAGCUGCUGCUACCGACCGGCCUGCAGGGAGGCGCGCUGGCGCACAUCCGGUCGCGGGACUCCGACAACGACCAGGACAUGGACGGCGAGGAAGGGUGGAAGCCCGAGUACAACGACUGGUGGUUCGAGUUCCUCACGCAAAGGGGAGGAAAGGGCGUUAGCAAGGACACCUGGACGAUGUUCUUGGAGUUCGUGCGGACCAUAGACUCCAAAUUCGAAAAGUACGACAUGGAGGCCGCCUGGCCAUCGACCAUCGACGACUUUGUCGAAUUUGCCAAGGAGAAGCUCGCAUCUGGCGGCGCUUAAACGCCGACGCGGGUCGGGCAACACAUGUAAGAAGGGUCUAUCGCGACGGACGAUCAUGCAAAGCGACAGACGGGCUGUCUGGAAUAGAUGAUGAGACGCGUGAUGUUACUGUUGUUGUUUUGGGCCAUGUACAAGAAGCUGUGUACUUGUGUGUAUUCUGACUGCUUGUGGGACCGAUCGCUCCCACUGCUGUCUUCGCGCUCGAAGGAUGGGCAACGGAGAACCCGCUUGCCAUUGUAAGCACAUCAAGCGCGAAUCCAUGUUUCGCUACAGUCGCGUCCAGCCAAGGC